CAAUAAAAUGUAAUCCGCCACUAUCUACCAAGAUCCGCCAAAAGAUACUAUUUUAUAUAAAAAGGUUAAAGAAUUGAAUAUAAGCAUAGUUUGUUUGUAAUCUAGUAAACAAAAACAGAAAAAUGAAAUCCCUGCUUAUUGUCGCCUCUGUCAUCGCUCUGGCCGUAGCCGGCCCUGCCCACCGUGGCCUGGUUGCGCCUGGCCCAGCUGGACCCGCUCCCGCCCCAGAAGCCGAGUACGUCCCCAUCGCAGUGGGCCCUGCUAUAUUGGACUUCGAGCCUAUUGCCGUCGGCCCCGCUGUUGUCGAUUCUCACCCUAUCUCUGUUGGACCCGCUAUCAUCGAUUCCCACCCUAUCUCUGUUGGACCCGCUAUCAUCGAGACUGACCCUAUCUCGGUUGGACCCGCUAUCAUCGAGACUCACCCUAUCUCUGUUGGACCCGCUAUCAUCGAGACUCACCCAAUCUCCGUUGGACCCGCUAUCAUCGAGACUCACCCAAUCUCCGUUGGACCCGCUAUCAUCGAUGCUGAACCUAUCGCCGUCGGACCCGUCUUCGUUGAGGAGCCCGUCGCAGUUGAGCCCGUGCAUGUUGUCGAGGAGGCCGCCCCUGCCCCUGCCCCCUCCAACCCUCUGGUCCAGAUCAUCCUGAACAUCAACGGUGUCUCCCACGUCAUCGAUGCUCCCACCAGCUUGCCUGCUGAGGCUAUCGUCCCCAGCCCCGUGCACGUUGUUGAGGCUGCUCCUGAGCCCGUCCAGGUCAUCGAAUCUGCCCCUGAACCCGUGCAUGUUGUAGAUAUCGCCCCCGUUGAGAUUGGAACCCCAGUCCUCCCCACUCCUCAGGUCGUCGAACCCGUUGAGGAACACUAAAUCGACUAUUAUAUUCUAGAGGAACUGUGCACCAGAGACACCAUCUACACAACCACUUGCAAAGUAUUUUUUAUUGAUUAUAAGAUAUUAGUUCCGGAUU